GUGAGCGUGCGACUACGGCCAUGCCGGGUGGUGGUUCUCGGAAAAGGCGGAGGUCGGCCGCGUCAAAUUCUGAUUUAAAGAAAAGUUACUUCUCCGGCUCCACCUUAAACUACCGGACUCCGUGCACGAGCAGCGAGGGUCGCCUGUGCGACAUCUUCAGAGACAUUCCCAUCUGGAACGAAUUCUUCUGGCAGGUGGGUCUCGAGCUCAGGGAGCUCUCCCCGGGCCAACUGUCUCUCGUCGAAGUGGAGGACGCCUUCGUUCCCUUGGACUUGGCGCAACGCAAGCACGAGGCCGCCACGCUUCUGUGCCACUUGCUGAUGUACCACCGCUGUCUGGUUUCCGUGGUCCUGAACAGACUCAUACACGCAUACGACCAGCAACUCUGCGACGCGUUGACCGAGAGUCCCAGCCUUCGAAAGCUCGCGCUGUCCCUGCCGUGCAUGAGCAUGCCUGAGUUGCUGAGAUUCAGCGCAACGCUGCCACUCCAGACCCGCCUGCAAGAGCUCGAGUGCCGGUUGUUAGACUUGGAGCGGCCUCUCUGCGAGGGCCUCUCGAAGUUCCUGGCUAACGCCAGAUCGCUGACGACGUUCAAACUCAGCGCGCAAAGUCUCAAGAGCGAAGACGGGGCGCUAAUUUUGGAAGGACUCAGGCGGAACGCGGCGAUUACGACGCUCUCGCUCAACACGAUAAUAGUGAGCGCGUUCUUGUAUCCAAGCAGCGACGCGUUUACCGGCUACCUGAGCGAGAACCGGACGGUACGCACGCUGAUCGUGAAGUCGUACUACCCGCCCAACCAAGCCGACAUGCGUCUGGUCCUCCGUUCGCUGUUCCGCACGGCCGCCAUCUUCGAGCUGGAGCUCGUCCACUUAACGCUGAACGAGGCAAACAGCCGCCUCGUCGCCGAGCUAAUCGGUGAAAACCAGUCGCUGAGAGUCCUGCGCAUGGUGGACUGCGCCUUGUACGAAGACGGAAUGCCCUCGCCGAGCCGGAUCUCUCCCUGGUUAGCAGCCCUCGGCACGAACGGGACGCUGGAGAAGCUGACCAUGGAUUUGAGAUGCUUCAGUCUGAACGAGUGCAGGUCUCUCUUCGAGGCGCUAAAGUCCAACGCAUCCCUGAAGAACAUCACCGCGGAGCGUAUCCGACCCGAGGACGAGGCCCAGAUAUGUCGGGCCCUGCGGGAGACUGGCGUGCGGGAACGCUUCCUCCUUGGCAGGCAUCACGUCGUCAGAGAACCCACCGUGACACUGACGGAGUGCGAGGAGCUGUCCCAGAUCAAGAUCGACUCAAGCGCGCUGUGCCGGCCCGUCUGGCUGCGGACCGCCCUGAGCCUGUUGCCUUCGGGCAGCCACGUGACCUCGCUGUCUCUCGCCGUAUGGCGGCCGUCAUUUAACCAAGACGUGUGCGCCCUUAUUGCGCAGUACAUUGCGGCCACGAAGGUGCUCAGGGAGCUUCGGUGGAUCUUGGCCUCCAUAACCUCACGCCCCGCGGACCGUGUGGAGAGGGUGCUGAUGCGGGCGCUGUGCGUCAAUAACAGCAUACGCAAGCUCUUCAUGACCGGGCUCCGCUUCGACGAGACCGAGGUUCAGAUGCUGGUGGACAAGUUGCAGGCCAGUCGGGCGCUUUGCGAGCUGGCCUUCUACCCGGACGACUACAACUCGACCAUCUGGCUGGUCCAGAAGCUGUCGCCGAUCGUCUCGAGCAACUAUACGCUCAUCGACGUGAAGGUGUACAGGCACGUCGUGUUACGCGCCGACUUGUUCAGCGUCGACGACGUCGUGCGCCGCAAUGCGUCGCUGGUGUCGAGAGCGGCGCACUUCGUGAGUGGAAUGGCUGGAACGAGGCUCAGAUAUUGCGCGGAGGCUGUCGAACUGGUCCACUGGAACCCCGGGGUGGUGGCGAAAGUGCAGGCACUCGCAUCCGUCGACGAAAACGAGGCCGUCUCGCGGAUCGAGCAGAGCUUCAAGAGCUUCUCCAAUUUGGAUGGCUUCAUGUGCGCGGCGGGCGUCGUCAAGUACAGAGUGAUUUGCCACGUGCGCGACGACGGCCAGAAACAGUUGGUUGACAUUGAUGGAGACUGCUGGUGGCACAUACGGCGCUUCCUGAACAUGUGCGACAUCAAGGAUUGAACAGUGCAGUGCGGAAUUUGUUCGUGCGCCGUACCUAUGUGCAAUGUGUCCGUGGUUGUGUGCAUUGAAGCUGUGCUAUUUUCGUGUGCCAAGGCUGCAAGCUCCCGUCUGUGUACAUACACCAUGCGAUGAUUGCUACUGGAGCUGCUGUAUGGCGAGUUUGUCCGCAUGCCUUGCCAAUGCAAACAUCAGUUCCUCGCUCGUGACUCUACGGACACUGGAUGUUCUCAUUAGGAGUUGUACAUUCGAUGUUCUCAAAUGUUUUCACUGUGCCAUUAAAUAGCACUUGCAUAAA